ACAGUGGAACAUACAUCAGCCAUAAUGUACGGAAGAGCUAUCAGAUUCGUCACUGUUCAACAAUCUGCCGUUGGCCUAAUUAGGGUUUAUCCCUCUUUCUUCGUAUCCUCAGUAUCCACCCAGUCUAAUUACAAGAAUCGAAACUUAAUUGAUGAGAUUAGAGAAUCAGCAUCAGGAAUGCCACCAUCCCGUGCAGCUGACGGUGUUAAAGUGGUGAACACAUCCACUACGCCUUCAGCCUCCGACAGGAGGGAGGAGGAGGGUGAGACGACAAGUUAUGUGGCGGAAGCUGCGAAGCAAGGGGUAGGGAAAGCUAUGGAAACGGGAUUAAAUAUCGGAGAGAUGGCGAAACAGACGUUGGAUAAUGUGUGGGAUGCUACCAAAGAUACUACGGAUAAGGUGAAGGAGGUGGUGGCUGGACAGGAGGAUAAGAAGUAUGAUGUUCCGCCGACAGAUCAUUUUGUUGACGAUUUGAGGAAGCGUGCCGAUGGGUAUGAUCUGAGAAGGGGAAGGAAUGGAAGUGGUGUAAAUGAUAAUUGAAUUGUUUUGUUAUAAACUUUGAUAUUUUGUGUUUUUUUGUCAUCAAUCAACACGCACAAGCUACUGUGACACUAAUGAUACCAUGUACUUUAAUUGUUUUUAUCGACUUAUGUUCACUAUUAUGAUCUUGUACAAA